CGGGUGAUUGGGUUUUCUGGGUGACGCACAGCCCCGCAGGUGUCCCUGUAUGUUCCUACCAGCUGUCUCAGCAUGGAACAGUGUCCCCCAUCUCUGCUCGGCCCACAGCCCCUUGCCCCAGGCACUGCCCGGCCUCACCCAAAUGCCCCUCUCACCCAUUGUCUCCCAUACUAGUUUUUCAAGGCACCCUGACAUGCCAGAUGUGAAGGAUGUCCAUGUUUGAGCACAGACUCCGCCACUGGGUCAUGCCUUCUUACAAGGAUCAGAGUUGCAUUUCUGAGUUUUUACAUCACUCCCUGGUGAUGAACAAGGACAGAAUCACGGAGACGGGCCGGAUACUGAAUCUGACGCUGGAGAUUAUAUUCCUGCUGACUGGAGAGGAUUUUGUGCUAACAAAGAGGGAGAAAGACCCAGCCACAGGGAGCGAUAAUUCCUGUCUGUCAGACCAGAGUCCCAUCACAGAGCCUCCAUCUUACUCCCUGGCAAACGAGGAAACUACUGACAAGAAGACCCUGGAACUGGACAAGGCAGCCCUCCCUGCGGCGGAAAAGGUUCCGGUGAGGUGUGAGGAUGUUGCGGUUUUCUUCUCCGUGGAGGAGUGGGAGUAUCUGAAGGGACAUAAGGAACACUACAAGGAUGUGAUCAUGGAAAGCCACCAGCCUCCUGCUUCUGCCGACUGUGACAGUGUCAGCUCCGAGAGGACCACAGAGGAUGAGAGACUGCUGGGGCCCAGUCAUCCUCAGGGGCCUGUACUGGAUAAUGUCAGCCAUGAUCCCUUAGCAGGUGGGUGCAGCUCUAGAAAUCCAGCAGACCCCUGUGAGACCCCUCUGUACUCUCCGGGCUGUAUAGAGGAAGAGAACAGGACUGUGACACAGGAAUAUCAGGAUGAGCCGGGACACGUGAUGUAUCACCGGCAGUGUAAGGAAGAGGCCGUUCCUGCUGAGAUCAGCCCAGGUGGGUGCAGCUCUAGAACUCCGGCAGACCCCUGUGAGACCCCUCUGUACUCUCCGGGCUGUAUAGAGGAAGAGAACAGGACUGUGACACAGGAAUAUCAGGAUGAGCCGGGACACGUGAUACAUCACCGGCAGUGUAAGGAAGAGGCCGUUCCUGCUGAGAUCAGCCCAGGUGUGUUGGCCAGUUGGAAAGUCCAAGGAGAUUCCCCUCACUCGCUUCUUCCUGUCCAAGGUCAUCAAACGAAUGUCCCUACUCCAGAUUUUCCUCUAGGGAUUAUUCUGAGCGAAAACUCCGCCAAGGACAGCUCGAGGAGGGCUCAUGCCGUUCCGGACAAGGCUCCGGCCUUAAAAAGACCAAUACAUGUCACUGAUCUAGUUAAGAAACAGCGCAAAGUCGAUCAUUCGUCAGUUAAUUUUAUUGGCCAUGGCGAUGGGAAUCAGAACAAGGAGCAGACCACAGAUAGGAUGGUCUAUAAGUGCAGAAGGACCUAUUACAGCGAGAUAGAUCCGGCCGCUCACCAGAGAACGAACAGUGACGAAAGAAGGUAUCUCUGUGGUGAGUGUCCACUGAGUUUCACAGACAUCUCGGUCCUGGAGGCACAUCAGUGGAAUUUCCAUAGACAAGAACUUGGGGCGAUUAGUGCCCCGCAGAGACCUGCCCCAGAAGAUAGACCGUUUUCUUGUUCUGAGUGUGGUAGAUCUUUCACUAAGAAGUCAACGCUCGUCAAACACCAGAGGAUUCACACAGGAGCAUUUGCCUGUCCCGACUGCGGGAAAUGUCUGUCGGAUAAAACCGGCCUCAUUUUGCAUCGGAGAACUCACACCGGGGAAAAGCCAUUUGCCUGCUCGGAGUGCGGGCGACGUUUUACCCAGAUGUGCCACCUUGUCACCCAUCAGAGUGUACACACGAGAGAAAAGCCCUUUGCCUGCACAGAGUGCGGCAAAUGUUUUUCCAUCAGAUCAGUCCUUAUCGCACACCAGGCCAUCCACGCCCGACAUAAGACAUUCCGCUGCCCAGAGUGUGGAAAGUCGUUUACACAGAAAGCCGACCUCGCCACCCAUUGGAGGGUCCACUCAAAGGAGCCCGGUUCCACAUCAUGAGAGCCGAGCAAAGCUUAUGCCUCUGGUGCAAGUUUGGGUGUGAUCUUCAGACACUUUCGUAGUUUAUAGCCAAAAAAUUGGUGAAAAAUUUAUCUUAUGAAAACUCUCAAAAAGCAGUUCUGGUAAUAAAAAUACCUUACAUUUC